AACAAAACAAACUUUCGCGCGAAAAGUCCGUGUUUCAGAUAUGUUGGCCCCGUCAAUUUACCUUUAAAAUGUAAUGGGACAUUAAUUAGCCUACUAUAUUUGACAAGCUUUUUGUUCAUGGGAAGCAUAUGCAUAUGUCACUACGAGGAUGGUUCAAUUGGUAGUAAAAUCGGCCAGCCCGGACAGUAGUAUUCCAGAAUGGAUGUUGAUUGAGAUGCAGGGACAGUUGGAAUGCCCUGGCGAUGAACAACUGGCAGGAAACUUUAUUGGAGAUCUUCAUUUCAACAAGAAGGGCGUGCCAAUCAUGAUCAUUGGACAUCACAUUUUGUUUGGCAAGGUGACUUCCCUUGAUAAGCCUUACAUUGUUCUUCUGAAAAACACCAAACCCACUCCUAAGGAGGCCGAACAUCUGAACAAAAGUGUAUCCAUGGAAACAGACCAAGAUGAAGAUGUAGUCACUAAGGCAACCACGGAUGAAGAGGAGGAUGGAAGCUCGGAGGGAAUUCACUACAAAGUAUCUGCAGCCAUCAAGCGAAAAAUUGUUUUUAGGACUCGUCCGAAACCUAUCAUCACAUAUGUCCCAAAGAAAGGCCACUGAAGAUAUCAAAACAUGGCAUUCUAUAAAACAUAAUACAGUUGUGUAGAUAGAGGUUAGAUAUUCAUAUACAAUGUAUGUGUCCAUCUGUUGGCAGUACAUGGAUAUGUUAAAGAAAAAUGUGUACAAUGGCACAGGCCUGCUUGAUAGUAAUGUAUUGUUUAGCCAAAAAAUGUUGAUAUGUGAGGUAAUAUGCCACUAUCUAAUGUAAGAAAUGCCAACAUGUAAUAACAAUAACUAACAUGUAGCGCCGGUAUCCGCCAGGUGAAAUGCUCAUGGCGCAUUAUACAUCAAUUAACUAAUUUGAUUUACGCAGAAAAAUUAUAUCAAUCUGAAAAACAUGAGGUGAACAACUUUGUCUUAAGGAAUGAUAUCAUUUCAGUCUACAUGUAUGUAUGUACAUGUAAUGUAAAUUAUGUUAACAUGCACGUGUAUACCAUUUCUUUUGUAAGUUUUAUGUAUCAUACAAAUGUAUCAGAAAAAAAAAGAUGUACAAUCUUACUAUGAGUCCAUCUUACUAUGAGUCUCAACUGACAGAAUAUUUCUUUAUAAAAAAAUGUAUUAAAAGGCUAAAUCACUUUACACAGGGGACACUUUUUUGACCCCUUAAAAAAUGGAUAUUAUUGGAACUGGGAACCAGUCUACUUGCCGACCAGGCCUUUUUUUCAGGUGGUUUCAGAUGCCCAAAAACGCAGACAAAAGUGGGUUGUGUUUUUUUUUCUCAUUAAAAUAACAUUUUGAAAAAUUGUAUGGGUAAAAAAAAAUCAAAUUUGUUGAAGAGCAUGGAAUACGUGUUUUAAAAUAAGUCUGCAUUAAAAAGUACCUUGAGCAAACCCGGAUUCUAACUAUAGGUUGGCGGGGGAGAGGCUGAUCAAGGCUGAGAUGUAAAGUUCAGUGUACAUGUACUUUAAUUAUUCUCAUAAGGAUUAAGGACCAAUUUAAGAAGAAGGUCAUUAAAAUGAUUUCUUAAAAAUUGUAAACCUCUGUAUCCCAUUUGCUUUAACGUUCAGUGUCUCGAAGCUGCAGGAGUAUGUGUAUGUGUUUGACAAAUUUUGAUUUUAGCCAAGGACAGUUCGCUUUUAUUGUUUUUCGUUGCAAUCAAUAAUCAAACAAGAUUGAGCUGUAAAAUCGAUGUCACCGAAAAAGUAUUCUAUGAUUCUGAAAGAUUUAGAACCGACAUUACAAAAUAAAGAAAAGUUUAACAAGAGUCCAUUUUGUUCAUG